AUGGAGCAAUACUCACACUACUUGAUGUGGAUGAAGCACAGCAAGCAGUACCACCACAUUCUCAAUUCUUCACAUUUUCGGGGUUCUUCGAUGAAGUCAUGGGAGGAGCAGGCUUUUGUGGAGGACUCACAAGGGCCUCUUGGGGGGUUCAUUUGGCCUCCCAGGUCUUAUUCUUGUAGCUUCUGUAAACGAGAGUUUAGGUCAGCUCAAGCUCUUGGUGGGCACAUGAAUGUCCACAGAAGAGAUAGAGCUAGGUUAAAGCAGAGUAGCAAUACCACAAAUGGGUCCCAAGAAACCUCGGAUUCUAACCCUAGCAACUUUGCUUCCUCGGCUCCUGCUAAGGCCAGUUCUUGUAAAGAAAUUACAAAUCUACCCCUCUUUCCAGAAGAGUCUAGAGUUGAAGGGCAUGUGGAAACAAAGUUGUGUGUUGGCUUGAACUUUGGUGGUGGUGGUGAUGGGAAGAAGCGGAAGAGAGAGGCUGUGAUGCUGCCGUUUUUGUUGAAAGCUUGCUCGAAUGAGAAGGAGAUUGAUCUUGAGCUGAGGCUUGGGGAUUCGUCAGUAGUGAAUUAA